CGGGCCGCGACGGCGGCGGCCCAGAAGCCACCCUGCCUCCACCUGCUCAACAAGUGGCGCCCUCGCCGCCGCCCACCAGCGCCGCGCUCCAGGGGAGGCCCGGGGACAGAGCCCUGCAUCCGACACGCACUAGCGGGACGCACCCUCUGCUGGACCAGCGGCCAGCGCAGCGGAGCGCAGCGCAGGAGGUGGAAAACUGUAGGGGCGGCGCCAGGGGUGGUGUGGUGGUGGUGGUCAGUCGGGUCCGGCCCGGCCUCGCUGUGUGGGCCGAGGAGGAAGGACGCCGAGGACGACGCCGUGCCCGAGGAUGGGGCACUGGACGACGUUGUACUGCGUACUGCUGGCCGCGGCCUACUGCGCAGCCCAGGAUGACGUCCUGGCGGACACCGACCCCUGCCACCAUGGGUGUGACGAGAACGCCCUGCUGCUGCUGCCGAGGCGCGCGGAGCGGUCCGUACCCGUGUCGCUGAUCGCGACGGGGAUGCUGAGCCGGCGGUCGGCGCUGGAGAACAACUUCAUGCGCUUCGGCAGGAGCGCGCCCGCGGCGCCGGCCGCGUCCGAUGCCAAGGGCGUCCAGGACGACGGCGCCCUCCGCCCGGCGCGCGCCGACAACUUCAUGCGCUUCGGCCGCUCGGGCGCGGCCCUGGGGACCAUGGGUUCCGCCGCCGAGGGAGAGCGCGUGGCCCGCGGCGGGGACCACAACAGCAACGGCUUCAUCCGCUUCGGCCGCUCCAAGGACAACUACAUGCGCUUCGGCCGCGCUGGCGGCCAGGACGACAACUUCGUGCGCUUCGGCCGCCCCGAUCGCCAGAGCAACUUUGUCCGCUUUGGACGUGAGCCGAGCAACUUUGUGCGUUUCGGCCGCUCCAGCAAAGACAACUACAUGCGAUUCGGCCGCGCUGGCAAGGACAACUACAUGCGCUUCGGCAGAGACCCGAGCAACUUCGUGCGGUUCGGCAGGGACCCUGGCAGCAACUUCGUGCGCUUCGGACGGGCGGGCGAGCUGGAGGAGGAGGUGGCAGCGGAGGACGCCGACUCAGAGGUUCUGCGGGACGGCAGGGCCAAGCAGGAGAAGGACAACUACAUGCGCUUUGGACGCUCGGACGCCGGCGACGACAAGAGGGCCAAGGACAACUACAUGCGCUUCGGCAGAGGGGGCGGCAGCAGCAGCUCGGGCAGCAACUUCGUGCGCUUCGGUCGGUCGUACGUGGACGAGGACGACUCGACGGAGGGCGAAUCUGCCCGGCAGGAGGCCCAGGACGCCAGCAGGACGAAGCGGCCUCAGGGGAUGUAACGCCCCACCCUCGCCUCCGCCGUCGUCACCACCAUCAGCGCAAUCAUCUUCACCAUCUCCACCCGCGACCCCCACCCGUGGGAGUGGACCCCAUAGUGCACGGCGCGCGAGGACACGGACGAUCUGGGGCUCCUCUGUGCCCACAAUCAAUUUUUUCACGCGUGUCGGCUGGCGCCCCCCGCGUUCAACACCUACCGCCAUUUCAGUUCAGUCCGAGUAGCGAGGGGUCAGGGUGCGGGUGGGAUCACGUGCGGGGUCGCCACUGAGCGCGCCCGCACCCCGGCGCCGCCGCGCAGCUGAGUGUCUUCCUGUGCCGAUUCGGUUUCCCGUUGUUUCCCGAUCGGGCCGCCCGCCGCUCCCCGCGCCUGCCUGGUCCUCGUGGCUGGGGGUCAGGCAAGGCUCACGGCCGCCGGGCUGGACCGGACACGUCCCUACCUUGUCUCCGUUCACGUUUGUGCACAGCGGGUAUUCACUGGCUAUUUACACACUAUGGCGUGUAUUGCGCGGCGUGUUCAAUGCAUUGCGCUGGUAUUGCACAGUGCCUCGCAACACGCGUGUAGACGUAAUAUUGCGGGUGAAUACCCCCCGUAUUCGUGUUAUUCAACGGCCGCGUAGGCGCGCGUGCGCACACGCCCAGCCCUGGCGCAGGGGGCGCAGGUCGUUGUGUGACGGCCGGCCAUCGUCGUCACAUUUGUUUGUAAUGAUACUUGUUCGUCAGACAAAGUAAAGGAGUUUUGUGUCACCA